AAACGUAUGUGGUAUAUCCUAUCCUAAGGCAAAGUCCGACAUUUCCUCACAUUUGUUUAAGCUCAACUUUUAUACUAACCACAAAGCACAACUCUCUCCAUUUCAGUCGGCAAUUCUCAAACCUUUGGAAAAAGUCAAAUCAUUUAGGAAAAAAUAUAUUCAAGACUUAUUAUUGUUAUUUUAAUUUUUCUCUAGACUUAGGACCUGAUUUGAAUCUCAAAAAAUAUUAGUUUUUUUCAUUUGAGGAAAAAAAAAAUUAGAAAGUGUUGAUUGAAUUUGUUGAAGGUGGGUGAUUUGAUUUGAUUUGUUUCAGUUACAUAACUCCAUUUUUAUCAAAUCAUUUCUUUGAUCCUUCAAUGGAUUCUGACUUCUGGACCUCGCGUCUUGCCGCCGCCAAACGCCAAUACACGCUUCAGCAUCACCAUCCCAGUUCCCAUUUAGAUCGGCUGGGAAUCGAUGAUUUUGAUGUGGAAGAAGAGGUGCGACCCGAUUUCCCGUGUCCGUAUUGUUACGAAGACUUUGACCUUGCGUCCUUGUGUUCUCAUCUUGAAGACGAGCAUUCGUGUGAAUCAAGAGUCACUAUUUGUCCCAUAUGCUCAGUUAAAGUUGCACGCGACAUGUUGAGUCACAUAAUGCUGCAACAUGGGCACUUAUUUAAGUUACAGAGAAGGCGAAGAUUAAGGAGAGUUGCUAUUCCGAACAGUCAGACAUUAUCUCUUUUGGGUCGAGAUCUUCGUGAGGCGCAUUUACAGGUGCUUCUUGGUGGUGGUGGUGGAUAUCGGUCAAACAGUGCCACUGUAUCAAAUGCAGCCACUGAUCCAUUCCUAUCCUCUUUUAUUUUGAAUUUCCCUGCCUGUGAAGCAGAAGAAAUUUCUAAAUCUGUGGUGACAAGCGUUGAAGAUUCUUCUACAAAAAACACGGCACCUGCACAUAUCUGGAAAUCAAGUUUUGAUCCUUCACUGAGCAUUGAAGAGCGGGAGAAAAGGAUAAGACAAGCUGCUGGGAGAUCUGGUUUUGUGCAGGAUUUGUUUCUCUCAACUUUGUUAGGCGACUAAUGGAAGCUGCAAGCUGCUUUGAGAAGAAUAAUCAACUUGAGAUUCAUCCGUAAGUAUCUUGAAGGAAGGAAGGAUACCUCCAGUGGGAUUCAGUGGUUAUUUGACAAUCCAUAUUAGCUAAAUUGGGAUAUUGUCACGGUGGCACCUUGGGCAUAGUGCUGAAUCUGAUGAUAGUUUUCCAUUUAUCCCACCCUUGUAAGUUGUAAGCAUCUUUACUAGAGAUGUAUUACUUUCUGAGUAAAAAAAAGGUUUUUUAGCUUAUGCAAAGACUUGUUUUGUUAUAUUGGUUGGCAUUAUGAUCCCCUUGAGUCAUAAUAACAUACCUUACCUUUAUGGUUCCUUUCAAAUGAUAUCUGAUGAAGAAAUUUGAAAUGUUCUUUUUAAUAAGUAGGAAAUUUAAUUCAAUUAAUGUAUCAAUAACUACUUCUAUACACACCAUCUAGUUGCUUGUUUGGAUUAUUUCGUUU